AUGGCACCGACCUACAGCGGAAGCGAUUACCUCCAGACCCCUGCCGACUCCUACGCUAGCACCUCGGGAUAUGACGCCGAGUUAGGCACGGAAACUCCUGAUACCAUCGCCAAAACACGUACUACAUGCCUUCUUAGUCAAGACGGCAUUCCUUGUAAGAGGUGCUUUUUUAAAAUGCCGACAAUCGAUGCCCCCUGUGAGCCACAACUCCAAGUCCUUCGCCGUCCUGGCCCUGCUCCCACAGCGUGCAAGAAUUGUAGAAGGAAGCACAAAAAAUGUGUCAAUUUCAGUUGGGCGUUCGAAAUUGAUAUCCAUCCCCCAUUCUGGCAACUAAACUUUGCAUAUUUCCCUAAGGCGCACCAUGUGGAUGUCCAUAGAAUCCUCAGCUACGUGCCUAUGGAGACAGGCGAAUUUCGUCGUAAUCAGUCGAAAAUCGAGCUGCCUGAUCAAAACGAAAUGAUCGAACCCGGAGCCCAGGAUGGUGAAAUACACGAGCAGCAGCGCCACGAACAGCAGCACCACGAACAGCAGCACCACGAACAGCAGCACCACGAACAGCAGCACCACGAACAGCAGCACCACGAACAGCAGGCCGAACAGAGGUUGGACCAGGAGGUAACACCGAAUGGAGGGCCACGGAAUUCUUGGUUUUGCAAAUGUCCCUUCGGUUUCAGCUCGAAUUAG